GUUGUUUUUAACGGAUACCAAGCGUCCUCUAUAUAAGGAUACUCUCUCCUGCGCACCUUCACAAGUCACAAUCAUUCUCUCUCUCUCUCUCUCUCUCGUUGUGAAGCUGUUUGUUGUUUGUGUGAUUCUCAGUUUUUUUCUUAAGAGGAGAGAGAAUGGCAGGUUCUUUUUCAUCUUCUUCAAUGGCUGUUAUCGGAGUGGUCGGGAUCUUUGGUGUACUGUUCGCCAUUCUUUCCCAGGCCGUAGUUGAGGCCCAGUCGCCAGCUCCUGCACCUGCCCCUACCAGCGAUGGGACUUCGAUUGACCAAGGGAUUGCAUACGUGCUGAUGCUCGUGGCGCUGGUGCUCACGUACCUCAUCCACCCUCUUGACGCCUCUUCCUACGGCCUCUUUUAGACAGUCGUUUAGGUUUUAGAAGGGUUAAUGCAGGGCUUGGAAAUGGAUUUCAUUUGUGCAUAUAGAUAUGAUCUUGGGGGGAUUUUUUUAUUUUGUUCUUUUUCUUUUUUCAUGUUUUGGAAAAUUUAAUUGAAUGAAAUUUCAUUGUUUUGGUGAAUGA